AUGACGGGGGCUUUGUUCCUUAACUCUCUCUCAAUAUCUCCAAAUAAAUCCGUAAAAUUUUUUCGAAAAUGUGAGCCAAAUUUGAGGAGGAAGAGUGUUGUUUCUUCAGUUUUGGUAAACAAAGAUCAUAAUAAUAGUAAUGGUAAUAAUAAUAAUAAUAAUGCAGCUGCUGUCAUGGAUGCUGCAGCAGCUGGAAGUUGUGUUUUGUCUGCAAAUGGAAAUGGCCAAACUGAGCUUGUUGUUAAAAAUUUGGUGCCUUAUAAAAAUGGUGCUGCCACUUCUUCUUUUGUGGAGUUGCAGAAUGGGAUAGGGAUUGUCAAAUUUCUUAAAGGAAAAGGGUUCUUUGUUACUGGGGCAACUGGGUUUCUUGCCAAAGUUUUUAUAGAGAAGAUACUGAGAACAGUGCCUGAUGUUGGAAAGAUAUUUGUGUUGAUCAAGGCAAGAAAUGAAGCUGCUGCAAUGGAAAGAUUGAAAAGUGAAAUAAUAGAUUCAGAGCUCUUCAAGUGUCUUCAACAAACCUAUGGAAAAUCCUACCAAGCUUUCAUGUUAAGCAAGCUGGUUCCUGUGGUGGGAAAUGUUUGUGACUCUAAUCUUGGAUUAGAUGGGGACUUAGCUGAUAUCAUUGCAAAAGAAGUGGACAUAAUUGUAAAUUCUGCAGCUAAUACAACAUUUGAUGAAAGGUAUGAUGUUGCAAUUGAUAUAAACACAAGAGGAACUGUCCAUCUAAUGGAAUUUGCAAAGAAGUGCAAGAAACUUAAGCUCUUUGUGCAAGUUUCAACAGCUUAUGUAAAUGGGCAAAGACAAGGAAGAAUAAUGGAGAAGGCAUUCAAUAUGGGAGAUAGCAUAGCAAGAGAAAAUGUUAUCUCCAAGGCUGCAGCAUCAAGAUAUGUACCAGCGUUGGAUGUUGAAAAUGAAAUGAAUUUGGCUCUGAAAUAUUCCCAGCAUGUCUCUCAAGACUCUGAGGUGGCUCAAAAGAUGAAGGAAUUGGGUCUAGAGAGGGCAAGAAAAUAUGGAUGGCAAGACACUUAUGUGUUCACAAAGGCUAUGGGAGAAAUGAUGAUUAAUAACAUGAGAGGCGACAUUCCGGUGGUGAUAAUUCGACCCAGUGUUAUCGAAAGUACCUUCAAAGAGCCAUUUCCGGGAUGGAUGGAAGGAAAUAGGAUGAUGGAUCCGAUAGUUUUAUACUAUGGAAAAGGGCAGUUAACAGGGUUUCUAGUUGACCCAAAUGGGAUACUUGAUGUAGUCCCGGCCGAUAUGGUUGUGAACGCGACACUGGCAGCCAUAGCAAGGCAUGGAAUGAUUCAAAAACCAGAUAUAAACAUCUAUCAAGUAGCUUCAUCUGUUGUGAAUCCACUAGUUUUCCAAGACCUUGCUAGGCUUCUUUAUGUACACUACAAUUCAUCUCCAUGUGUGGACUCAAAGGGUAGGCCUGUUCAUGUUCCUUCAAUGAAGCUCUUCAGCUCCAUGGAAGAUUUCUCAACUCACCUCUGGAGAGAUGCUGCAAAGCGCUGCGGGUUGACAGCCAUGGCCGCCAUGAAUGAGAAACGGUCUAAGAAACUUGAAAUUAUUUGCAAAAAGUCAGUGGAACAAGCAAAGUACUUGGCUAGUAUAUACGAGCCAUACACAUUUUAUGGAGGAAGGUUUGACAACAGCAAUACACAGAGAUUAAUGGAGAUCAUGUCUGAAGAAGAGAAAAGAAGUUUCGGAUUCGAUGUGGGGAGCAUAGAUUGGAAAGAUUACAUAACAAAUGUUCAUAUACCCGGCCUAAGGAGGCAUGUCAUGAAGGGGAGAGGGAUGUGUAGCUAAAUUUCUAUACAUCGUGUUUUAUUUAUUAAUUAACUAGUUAAUGAUCACCAGUUAGGAGUACUUUCCGGUAAUUGUAGUGAGUGAAUGCUCCUUAGUUUCUCUAUUUUCUUCUUUAGUUUCCUUUUAAAUCCUAUAAAGGCAGACAAUAAAUUGUUGCCCUUUUAUAUAGCAUCCACUGUUGUUAAUGUUCCUGCAAAUCAGCAGAUUUCUGAUUAUGCCUGGAGUUUAA